CUUCCGAACACUUUUGAUUUUGUUUCACUCCACUCAACGGAUACAGCAACAGCAACUGUAUGUGCCCACCCAUUGUAGACGUGGGUAGCUUGCCGCCAUGUGAUCCACUACUGGGUUUAAAAGCUUAUGGCCCACAGAGGAGGGCACAGUAUACAAUUCCCCAUUGAGCCCAGUCUGAAGCACACAUCGCACUGUCCGGGUUGCCGUUGGUGUAGUGUCACUCCCUAUCGUCAUUGGACUUACUCGUGCAGGUGCUGCAUCCUAAACAUGUCCGACACAGAAGAUGCCACGAACGAGGGUCAACAUACUCCAGAGGACAAUGAAGCAGAUGAGGGAAAGCACAAGUCAAAGCCUGGUUUUGUGGCCGGCUUGGCGCCUCCUAAAAUCCCAGAUGGAGAGAAAGUUGACUUUGAUGACAUUCAUCGAAAACGAAUGGAGAAGGACCUGACUGAGCUCCACACUCUGAUCGACGGCCACUUUGAAAAGCGUAAGAAGGAGGAAGAAGAGCUUCUCAACCUCACAGAUCGCAUUGAGACACGCAGGUCAGAGAGAGCAGAUCAGAUGAAGAUCAGGGCAGAGAGAGAAAAAGUCCGGCAGAACAAAGUAAAUGAAGAGAGAGCGAGAAAAGAAGAGGAAGAGGCAAAGAAAAAAGCAGACGAGGGCGCAAGGAAGAAGAUGAUUCUGUCCAACUUUAGUUUCAUUGGAUACAAUCAGACACAGCCUGGCGCGAAAAAACAAACGGAGAGAGAAAAGAAGAAGAAGAUUCUUAAUGAUCGACGCAAAGAGUUAGAUGUUGAUCACAUGAAAGAGGACAAACUCAGGGAGAAAGCCAAAGAAAUGUGGGACUGGGUUCGCCAGCUGGAGGCCGAGAAAUUUGAACUUCAGUAUAAGCAAGCGAAGCAAAAGUAUGAGAUCACGGUGCUGAGGAACCGGGUCAGUGAUCAUCAGAAAGUAUCAAAGGGUAGCAGAAGCAAGCGUGGCCUGAGGAAGUAACACAUGACGUCAACCUGAAGGAAACUGCCAACACCUGACAAUAACCGCAGCAUAAUGUUUUUCUAAAUACUUGAACAUGCAUGGACACAAUUACAAACGCUCUUAAAUAUGGUAUCUGUGAAACAAAGUGCAUGCCGAGUUCAUCUGCAGGAAUGUAGCAGUAUAGUAGUAGCAGACUGAGGUGUUGCAGCUUGUGCUUAUUAAACAGGGGAUUUGACAGCAGAUGUGUAACCCAUUAAAAUUACUUCACUAUAUGAAAGGAUACCACUUUGACAAGAUUUACAAUGUAAUCCUAGUUCUAUGUCCUACCACCAAGUCAUUUUUAGACUUCUAAAAGUGAAGUUGAGACUAAUUCAUUCGUUCUUGUGUGUACGAAUUUGAGGUUGCAAUGAAUUAAAAGAAAAUCUUUGUUUAACAAA